AUGCUCCCAGCCAGCGAGCUGCGGGCCUGGCGGAUGCUAGGAUGGCAGCACUACCCGACCCUGGUUAGGUCGCUGCGCCAAGGCAGCGCCCACUCCGGCACUCUUCAGCAGCAGCACUGGGGCACCAUGGGCACCUACCCAUUUGCCCAGGCGACUCUAGCCGCCCGUCACCCACGGCCUCAGACGUGCCCCCAUUACCCUGUGUACAUUGAGUUCCCCGGCUUUCCCAGCACGGCGGGUCGUACCCUCCCAGCGCCGGAGGAGCCCACAGGCGCCGCGACUCCACGCACGGGACGCCGCGGAACCGGAAGGGUCACUGGUCAGGAUAACGACGCUCAUAGGAGCUUGUUGUGGUAUUUCCUCCCCGGAUCACGACGUGGCACACCAAUGCGUGUCAUGCAUUCCGAUCUGGCCAUUCUGAGCGCCGCUCAGUAUGAAGAUGGUCGCCAUAAUUCUCGGGCCCGCGCCGGCGGAUCGCAGAAGCACCUUCAUUCUUCGGAUCACCACCUUGACACCAAGAAGAGGCCAAGGACGGUUUCUGACCCCGAGAAGGAUGAGCCCGAGGAAGAAAAGAAGCGGGCCAGGGGCCGUCCGAGGCUGAACCCGACGGAUGCGACACCUCAAGAGCGACGGCGAACUCAGAUCCGGUUGGCGCAGAGGGCGUACCGCAACCGAAAGGAGAGUGCAAUCAGCGAUUUGGAAAAGAAGGUUGACGGACUCAAAGAAGUAAACGAUCAGAUGAGCCAAGCGUACCGGGACCUUUUCGAUUUCGCCACUCGCAAUGGUCUCCUCGAGAAGGCCCCUGAGUUUGGUGAGCGACUUGCGACGCUCGAGGCACUGGCCAAACAGUCUGGUGAGACUCUAAUCAAAUCUGAUGGAGACUCUUCAGACGGUACGAGCCAGGGAUCAAAGCUGGUUAAACGGAAGAGCAGUGGUGCAUCGCCUCCCGACAUCGCACUGCCUUCACCAGCACAACAACAACAACCACCCUCACAACAGCUCUGGGCUGGAGUCAUGGUCAGUCAUGAACCAGCAGUAGAAACCAAUAACCACUUUCACCAUCCCAUAUCCAAUGUCGCGCCAGCUCACCCGGGGGUUCAUGCAGGAUAUGAGAUUAUAGCCCAGCCAACACCCCAGAAUGCGAGCUUCGCACCCAACAUGACAUUUUCCCAAGCUCAUCUCUUCAUGCCUUGGACAUCAGUCCCGUCGCCUUUUAAUUCGUUACCCAACCCACGCACCUACGCUUCUCAAGAACUUACAUUCGGCCGGAGGUUACAGCGCACCGCACUUCAAUGUGCAGCAAGCUUAAUUUCCAUGGAGCACCCACCCCCUGACAGAAUGAUGCGGGUAUUCGGCUUUGCGCGGCUGUUCGAAACCUAUGAACAGAUCAAGGAGCGCACCCUGGCAUGUGCCGGCGUCACUGCGCAGGAAAGUCUCUAUAAUCCGAAGUAUCCGUUCCAAAGCCUUGGAGGCAACGGAACGCAUUUUUCACAUAUGGGGCCGACGGAUCUGAGGACUGCAUCAAUGGACUCGUCUUCCAGCCACGGAGGCCACAUGAGCCCUAGGUCAGGACGGCCGAAGGACUCUGCACCCUUUUCGAUUGGACCUUUCGACCUCCGGACUAACAAAAUCCGAGAUUCGCUUGUUGGUCUGGGGGGACAAAUCAACCUUCCCGGCUUCGAUGGUGUCUUCUGGGAUGCGGAUGAGGUAGAGUUCUACCUGCUUCAUAAUGGAGUGAACAUCCCUCCAUUGGUAGACCAUUGUGUAGUCGAAAUGGACGAGGGAACGUUCGCGGCCCCCCCACCUCCUCCACCGCCACCAAACAACCACCAGUCCGGCAUGCAGGCGCCGAUGUCAUCAAAUUCGGGCACAGCUUAUACUGCGGCCGCAAACGUUGGUCUUGACUCAAUACCUAGGACGCUUCGUACUAGCUCGACCGUAGUUACUUCAACUAGCAACUCGAGCCCCGGCUCACAAGGAGACAACGUCACAGUCACUUCAAGUGCCCCAGAGGAAUCGUGGACCUCUCAACACCAUUGCUCCCCCGAUUUUCUACCGCAAGGGUACACCACCGUAAGAGGUACACCAGGUGUGUCCGCAUUCGACAGCAGCGUCACUGGGGCCUUGUCCGACCCCUCACUCCUAGCCUAUGCCGCGAGCGAUCAACAGCAACAACAGCACCAACAGCAGCAGCAGCAGCAACAACACUUCCUACAGCCUCCAGUGUCACAGUUUCAGGGGCUGCCUCAAGCGCAGUCUUAUGUACCGCGGAAGAGGGCGUGGAGGAUCGAUGUUGAGAAGUUUAUUGCUGAAUUAAUAUCCAAGGCAACGUGUCUCGGGAGAACACCCGGGUUCAGACCGAAAGACGUCGACCUGGCUUUCUGGGCUAGCGUGGUUGAUGCCAACGCUAUUUGA